AGGCAAGCAGAUGUGUUUUUGGAUUUCAAUGAUCCCUUCAGUACUGAAGUUAAGCCAAGAAUCCUGCUCAUGGGAUUGAGAAGAAGUGGGAAGUCUUCCAUUCAGAAAGUUGUCUUUCACAAAAUGUCGCCGAAUGAGACUCUCUUCUUGGAGAGCACAAACAAGAUCUGCAGAGAGGAUGUUUCCAACAGCUCCUUUGUCAACUUUCAGAUAUGGGAUUUUCCUGGGCAGAUUGACUUCUUUGACCCUACGUUUGACUAUGAGAUGAUUUUCAGAGGCACUGGAGCACUGAUAUUUGUUAUUGAUUCUCAGGAUGAUUAUAUGGAAGCAUUAGCUCGGUUGCACCUUACUGUGACCAGAGCCUAUAAAGUGAAUCCAGAUAUCAACUUUGAAAUCUUUAUCCAUAAAGUGGAUGGUUUAUCUGAUGAUCACAAGAUUGAAACACAAAGAGAUAUUCACCAGCGGGCAAACGAUGACCUUGCAGAUGCUGGAUUGGAGAAGAUUCACCUCAGCUUUUAUCUGACAAGCAUAUAUGAUCAUUCUAUAUUUGAAGCAUUUAGCAAAGUGGUACAGAAACUGAUUCCACAGCUCCCAACACUGGAAAACCUGCUUAACAUCUUUAUUUCAAAUUCUGGGAUUGAAAAAGCAUUUUUAUUUGAUGUAGUCAGUAAGAUCUAUAUUGCAACAGACAGUACUCCAGUGGAUAUGCAAACUUAUGAGCUCUGCUGUGAUAUGAUAGAUGUUGUGAUUGACAUUUCUUGUAUAUAUGGGCUUAAAGAUGAUGGCACUGGAACUCCUUAUGACAAGGAAUCGAUGGCAAUCAUAAAACUGAACAAUACAACUGUCCUUUAUUUAAAAGAGGUGACAAAAUUCCUUGCUCUUGUUUGUUUUGUCAGAGAAGAAAGUUUUGAGAGAAAAGGAUUAAUAGACUACAAUUUCCAUUGUUUUCGAAAAGCCAUACAAGAAGUAUUUGAAGUAAGAAUGAAAGUAGUAAGAUCUCGAAAACAUCAAAGCCACAUGCAAAAAAAUAAAAGACCCACUCCUAAUGGGACUCCAAGAAUGCCACUGUAACUGAGGUUUUCUGGCGCUGUGGCAAGCAACGUUUUUGUGAAGUUGAUGUGACUUCGGCAUCUCAUUGCACUGAGUGAAGAGGAAGACAAAUGGGACUGAUGUAUUACAUGAAUUUUCCCUGACCGUUCAGAAAGCACUGUUUAAAUAUUUUUAUCCAAUCAGUUUUUUUCACAUAGUGAGCACUUUGAGCAAAAUGUUGUAUAUAUAAGCAUUGAGGUGAACACUUGCAAGAAUUUUCUUAAUAUAUGCUGUAAACCUUUUUCAUGCCAUAUUAAGAAAAAACAGCUGUGACAGAAAUACUGGGUACAUAAUUUGCACUUUUUCAUGUUUUCCUUGUGGAGUUGGACUUUGAUAAACUUAGUUUUUAUGGUGAUUUUGAUGCAUGGUGUCAGGUAAAAUGUAUGCUGUAGUUUAUUUACCUGCUACAAUCAAAUUGGUUAGUAAACAAUUAAGAAAACUUGGUACAAUGCCUUUUAAAAUUUGUGACAGCUGAAACCUAACAUUCAUACAGAUCUAAUUUCAUAUAUUUUUCAAUUUGUAAACUGAAGAAUAACUUUGAAGUAUUACAGCAAUAAGCACCUUACCAGGGAUCAAAACUGGUAGGUAAAUACUAGCUUUUAUAAAACAGGCUUUUGGCCAAAUUUCAUCCGGACUUCUCCAUAACACUGGUUAUGCCCUCUGUUGGGUCUGUUUUUAUUAUUUACCUCAGUAUAUACCACUAAAAUACCUUUCUAUAAAGAUAAUUGUUUUGUAAAAUGGCUCGUAUGUUGCACUGGUAUUUUUAUAAGGCUUAAGAGGAGGGUGUUGUAUCUGAAAGGUUGAAUUUAAGUUGCUAAGUUUGUUUUGAGAGCCUGCACAUCUGCAGUUGGCGCAGUGAAGAAUCUGUACGUAUUUCCACCUUGACGUUCUGAUGUACUGAUAGGAAGUCCUAAAGAUGUGAGCACUGGGUUCUGAUUCCCUCUUAUAGGGGAACAUCUGUGAUUGAAGUCAAGAAGAGACCAUUAAAAUGAGGACUGGACAAUCUACCUGCUGUAGUAAUCAGCAUACAUCACUACUUUUUAUUUUAAUAUUGAUCAUGGGCAGCCUUGCCACAGGAUCAGCCAGGACAGCAGAGCACUCUCAAAUGUAAAAAGAAGUAAAACUUACUUUCUGAGUUCUGUA